AUGGAAAGUACAGACGUACAACAGCAACAACAACAACAAGAAGUUGUAGUCUCAGCUGCAGAUUGUGCUGAAAAGGAACCUGAAGAAAACAUGGAAGUAACCACAGAAGACGCUGGGGACAAACCUCAAGAAACCAGUGAGAAAGCUGAAGAAACCGUCACCAUGGACGUGGAAGAAGUAAAAGAUGUGGUACCUGUUACUCCCGAGGAUGAGUCAAGGAAUGAAAAAUCAACACCUGAAAGUUCUGAAGUAAAAGAAGAAAAUUCGGUGGAUGUGGUUUGCGGAACCCCACCUCCUAGGGUGAACAGACGCAGAAGGUCAACUUUCGGGCAAAGUUACAAUUCAGCAAGGAAGAGGGGCCGGAGGAAAACUGGUGACCAAUCAGAGCAGGGCAUCAGCAACCAAUCAGAGGACAGCAAAGAGAGCCAAUCACAGACCAGGGAAAAGGGUUCUGACCAAUCAGUGGGCAGCACAAACGAGUCAGGACCGUCAGGUCUGUGGUACAACCAACCUUUGACCCCUGGCAACCAAUCAUAUUCCAGCAUGACUGCAAGCAGCAGCCAAUCAGAUGGCAAGCAUGCAGCAGGUGUGAACAAAUCGGGUCGUAGGAUUUCAAAGAGCCCUGACCAAUCAGGUGGCUCCAUUGGAAAAGCCACCAGCCCUCAAUCGGACUGUAGCACUUCUCAGACAUCUCCAAAGAUGGGAAAACUUCCGCCAAACAUGCCUAGCCCUGUCAUCAAGCUUGUACGCCUUUCUAACAAAGAAAUCAAGAAGUUCAGUCCCAGCAAAGCUGAGAAGAAACUUUCACCAUCUGAUGAGCCAGCUCUGGGGAAAUUAAAGAAGGGACUGAAACCUUCCUGGCCAUUGAAAGACGACACACAAAAUAGCAAUGAUGACUUCUCUGACUUAAAACCACUGGAUAAGUCAGUGGAUGGCAAGGAAAGCAAUGCUGAAACUACUGCGGAGCACUACUUACUGGAUACCAAGUCUCCUCCACGUGAAGUGAAAAGAAGAGGAAGGACACCCUUGAGGAGAAAAAGCAGCAAACUAGAAGAAGUGGAUAUUGAAACGACUGUAAAAAAAGACAUUUCACCUGCGAAAUCCAUUGAAGUCAUUCCAGAAACGGAAUUGCAGGAAUCUGAAGUUGGCUCCACAACUGGCAAUCUUUCCUUUGAAGGACCUGAGGAUUUAAGUCUUAAGGGUGUCUCUAAGGAAAAUCCUGAACCGUGUCCUUCGCAGGAUCAAGACGUCUCACAACAGUCUGAUGCAGGAGAAGAGGAAAAGGCAGUAGUUAGAAGGAAACCAGGGCGUCCACCAAAAAAGAAAGUUGGGCGUCCACCAAAAAGAAAAUCGACACCAUCUUCUUCUUGUGACAUUGACUCUUCCCAAGAAGCUGGAAGCCUUUCCUUAGAAGAACAGAAGACCUCAAGUCUUGAAAGUGUCUUGAAGGAGGAACCGUGCACCUCACAGGACUACAAUGCUGAUACCUCCUCACAACAGUCCAAUACGGAGUCUGUUUCGGACUACGCCUCGUCAAGGCCGGAGGAGAGUCAAACCAAAGAGCUAUCAGACAAAAAAGAAGUCGAAGCUGCAGACAAAUGGCAAGAACUUGAAAGCAGUGAAGAUGACUUGCCUCUGUCUCAAGUGGCUAAACAGACAAAGCAACUAGCAGGAGAUGAAAAAACAUCAAAGGAUGAGGAAGAGAGUGUACCCAACCUCCUUGGUGUACCUAACACAGUUAGUGAAGAAAAGGAGGAUAAUGGAUGCGGCAGUGUUGUAGCUGAAAUGAUGGACUCAGAAAGCUUGUUCUCCGGAUACAGAGAAGAAGGCGGUGCUGCAUCCGGUCAAAGUGUCGUCCUUUCAGCGGACACCCAGGAUCAAAGUAUAGAAGAUACAGAGCAGCAAAAUGCAGACACAGUCGGCUCAAACAGUGAAGAAGAACCAGAGAUCAUAGCAGACAGCCAGUGUGAUCCCAGUGGGGACAUGUUCGGCAAUGGAGAAACCCCACUAAUAUGGAAAACACUCGAAAUGGAGUCAGCCAAUGAACAGCCAGUCGAGGAAUCAGCAGCCAAUGAGGAGAUGGAGUCAACUGAUAUUCAGGAUCAGGAACCUACCAAUGAGAAACCUGAAGCAAGUGAUAUUCAGGUUAGCCCAGCAAAGAAUACAGAACAGGGAGUAAGCAACGAAGAAGAAGGUGAUUCACAAAGAGACUAUAAGAUUCUGAGGUUGAAAGGUGCCUCUCCGGUGGCGUUGCGUCUACGCUCAAAGACAGCAUUUUCACCAACCUCGGGUGAACUGAAGCCAAAGGGCCCCGAACAGGAGGCUGACGUAGAAACCGAAGAAGUGCCCGAUGAAAAUGUCACAACCACUAAAGAGAUAGAAAAAGAAGAAGAGUUGUCAAUUCCAGUAGACUCUGAAACCCCUGCAGAGCCUUCCAGCAGUAGACGAACAAAGAAGGUGGGGAGGAAACCCAAGACGUCUCAAGAUGCUGGCGGACAAACUCCUCAGAGCGAGAAGAAGCGGAGGCUAAGCACCAAGGCAAGAAGAUCAAUCACAAGGAAGCAAAAGAGUUUGGAUCUGGAAGACGUGAAGGAGAAAGUUAGUGAAACUGAAAGUGACUUAGCAGGACCAAAGGAAGACUUGCCAGAAGAAUCAGCUGAUGUCUCUUGUCUAGACACGUCUACAGAAGAUCUGCCUAAGGUUGAAGACGUCUUGGAAGACAGCCCGAAGACUAGCACUCCUAACAAACGUCUCAAGAAGAGCACAACGCUGGCAAAGAUACGCGGAAGACGACACAGCACCGGGGCCGUUAUGUUCUACUCGAGGAAGGACACCCCAAGAUCGGCCAGGUCGGCUGUGAAGGUUUCCACUCACUUGAAGCACGCGCGAUUCUCACCGCCACAGAAGUCAGACUUUCACAGCAGCAGAGGCCUGCUGAGUCUCCGUAUGGCACAACGUAAACAUGAGCUCCACAAGUCGUCAGUCUCCACAAAGCUGGAGUACCUCAUGACAGCCAGUCAGGGUUCGCCAACAAGAACCUCUGAUCCGACCAAUCCCAGCUCCCCUACCUCCUCCAACCAGGGUUUCGCUGCAGCAGUAGCCAAUCAGAGCUCGCCUUCCAUAAGCGACAGUUCGUCCACGAGCGAGAGUCCGCCGGGUUUUGCGCCGUACCUGAAGAUGUAUUCACCGUCAGCGUCUCCGAGCGCAAGAGGCAUCUUGAAGAAGAGGUUGAGAAAGAGAGGCAGUCAGAAAGUGAACUCACCUUCACCUCCAAAUAAGGUACGCAGAGUGUCUUUCGCUGACCCCAUUGAGAUGUCAUCAGACGACCAAUCGGAGCCCAAGAGAAGCACCAAGCCCGUCAGCCGUUGCCUGGAGCUGCCACGCCCACAAAUCCCUCCAUCCCCUUUGGUUACCACCUCCCCGACCGGCGCUGCCAUCACAAGCCUCGAACAGAACAAGGCCGAGCUGGCUCGAGGACUGAAUCAGCUGGUUCAUGCCAGGAACAUCCACACCAUCGGUGACAUCAGCGCCCUGACCCCACUAGAGGUAAAUAGUCUGCCUAUCAGGACACCCAAGGUCGCGACCUUGAAGAAGGCCCUAGAGAAGUUCCACAACCAACUGGAGACCAAGAAACUCAGACAGACCUCGGGAAAUAAGACAGAAGCCACCGAGUCUCUGACAACAGAAGACUCGGAUGACAAGACAGAGGAGACAGCCACUUUGAAAUCUGCUCCGGAGAAAGACCAAGUGUCAGCUGAAACAGAACCUAUGGAGGAAAAUGACCAGUUGUCUGCUCUACCAGAACCCAAGGAGGAAAGAGACCAGAUGGCAAUGCCAGCAGAACCCACCAAAAAUAACAAUGAGUCAACUGAGCCAGAACCUGUUGAGGAGAAUGACUGUGUGCCACCAACACAGGAAGAACCCACAGAGAAAGACCAUGGGUCAUCCCAGGCAGAAUCUACAGAGGAUAAGGACCAAAGGUUGGCAGAGCAAGAACCCAUAGAAGAGACGGACGAUGGGUCAGCUGUAAUAGAACCUGCCACAGAGGACCUUGGUUUAACACAACCAGAAAUCACAGAGAACAAUUGGUCAAAUCAACCAAAAACUACAGAGGAAGAAGACCAUGGUUCAACUCCACUGGAACCCACAGACAUAGACCAUGAGUCAAUUGUACCAGAACCAACAGAUGUGGACCAUGAGUCAACUGUACAUAAAGCUACGACUGAGGCAGAUCCUGAGUCAACCACUCUAAAACCCACAGGAGAAAGCACCCAUGGGUCGGUCCAGCUAGAACCCAUGCAGGAAACGGACCAUGGCUCAAUUCAACCCGAACUCACAAAGGAAAUGGACCAUGGCUCAAGUCAAACCGAACCUUCAAAGGAAAAGAGCCAUUCAUCGACACAAGCCGAAUCUUCAAAAGAGAGCGACCAUGGGUCAACGCCGUCAGAACCCACAGAAAAGAGCGACCAUAGGUCAGCUCAACCUGAACCCACAGCGGAUAGCGCCCAACUGUCAUCUCUACCAGAAACCACAGAAGAGGGUGACCAACAAUCAGUCGUAGACCUGACGAGUGAGACAAGCGAAGCAAGCGAUCAGCCAUCCGUAGUAGACAUUACCAAUGAAGUCAACCAACCAUCAACAGCAGCACAACUCACAGAGGAGAGGAGUUACAGUUUUACCUCUUUAAACCCAUCAGAGGAGAACGACCCACCAUCUAUUGUGAUGCAAGGCACAGAGGUAAGGAACCAGGGAAUGCCAGAGGAUUUUGACAGUGUAACUGCCCUUGCUGAUGACACCUCUGUGCCCUCUUCCGUUGAAAGCAGUCCUGUUCGAGGCGGAUUGCCGUAUUUCCCCAUCUUUUCGGGUAGCGGAGCAAGCGCCGUAAGCACAGACAGACUCGAUAUGGACUCAAUCCUGGAAAACGUGAACUCGAUGUCGGCAGCGCAACGUGCACUGGACGCUCUCGAUGAAUCCACGGACAUGUUUAGCACGGCCGCCGAAGUCGGUUCUCCCGUGGUCGACAUGCUACGGGGACUCGUUUCCAUGGAUGAAGACGACGUCGCCAGGCAAGCCGAUGCCAUGGCAACCAGCGUCAUGGCAACAACGGAAGACGCAACGACAGCAGUAGAAGGAACCCAGCCAUUUGACGUGACGCUCCAGGAGUUGUCCAGCAGGGAAAUGAAUUUCUUUGAGUCCCUCUCGGCGCUAAACGAGAGGGCCACGCAGGGGGAGUUUUCGGGACUUCCGAGCAGCCAGAUCAAUGCGAUUCACCAGAUGCUGAACAGGAUGAUGAUGCUGGCCGUCUCGGAGCUGCAGACGAGAUGCGUGUCGCCACGGCAACGGCACAACAAGAAGCAGUGAGCUGCCAGCACACAAAACUCAGGUGAUGACUAUUUUAAGAAAAUGUAACAAACCUGGAAAAGCUGCUUUUUUUGUAUCUCAACUAACAUCUACUAGUACUUGAAGGAAAAUUUUCAGUUGAAAAAAAGAUGUUAGAGAAGGCAAAUUUGAUACAUUUUGUUUAUAAGCUGAUGUUCAAGACUAGACUAUGUGGAAUCAACAACUAUUUUUGUAAAUUUGAUGGAUUUGAAGGCUCUGAAGUCUGGGAUGUGUGAGACACAGAGGUUGCCAAGGUGCCUAUGUUAUAUCAAGUCAGAGAAAACAAAAAUUCCAGACAACUGAUCAUUUUGAUUGAUUCACAUUCCUUCUUUUUCAUUUGAUUGUAUAUCUUGUAAUUUGAAUAGAAAUUGUAGAAUAAGAAAUACAGGUGACUAUAGCGAUAGUCAGUGAAUACUAAUUAUGAUCUAUAGGAAGUAGAUAAAACUUGUGGAAGGCCAGGCAGCAACUAUUUGGGGGUAAUUUUUUUCAAUUUCUUUGUCAAUUUCGAAGGGGGUCUACUCAACUACAUUUGUAUACAUAUUAUUUCCAAAGAGAAGCCAUGGAAAGGUUUAUUUCUGUGAGAUAUUAUCAUAUAAUGGAGAAAUGUUAUGUUAUGCUGUGUUAACAAAUUCUAAACGUGGGAUAGAUAAACCUACUAUGAUGAAUCCUAUAGCUAUACUGACAGAAUAGCUACAUGUAACAAAAGCAGUUUAAGUGGGACCAUGGUGCUAACCAAAGAUGUAUACAAAUCUGUGUAAAAAAAAAAGCUCUUAAUACGUAUUGAUAUGCCUAGAAGAAGCAGAGCAUUUCUUCAAUAGUUAAGAAGUCGUGAGUUAGUUAGGAGACCCUUUGAGUUAGUUGUGAGAUGUUUGUUUUUCUUCCCACGUGGAGACCAUGUGCAUUUGUUUUAAUGACGAGAUCCAGAUUAAAGAUUUGUGUAUACAAUU